AUGGCAGGCGAGAAUGGCGAACCGGAAGUGCUCUGGCGGCCUCCACAAGGCAGGACGACGCCCAUGGAUAAGUACAGGCUGCACGUCAAUGAAAAGUAUACCCAAAACUUGAAAGACACGAAAGACCUUCACAGAUGGUCUGUCACUCGACCACAUGACUUCUGGAUCGAUCUGUACGGAUAUCUUGGGCUCGUCCCUGCCUUGUCGAGAACCUUGAAGAAAGCGUAUGAUGAGAGUGUCCCGAUGAGCAGUAUCCCACCAUUCUUUCCCGGGCAUGUGAUCAACUACGCUGAGAAUGUCCUCUUUGCGAACGACAACCUCGAGGCGGUUGCGUUGAUCGGAAUAAGGGAAAGUCAGGACAUUUACAAGGACAAGCCUGAGGUCGUCACCUGGCGGGAGUUUCGAGACAGGGUCCGACAGACAGCCAGUGCUCUCAGGCGCAGUGGGAUCAAGCCGGGCGAUCGAGUAGGCGCUUUGGUUGCGACGUCCAACUGGGCUAUCAUUCUCUUCCACGCAGCGGCCUCCAUCGGAGCAAUCUUCACCUCCAUUAGCCCCGAACUUGGGGUGGAGGGAUGCGUCUCGAGACUACAACAGGUGACCCCGAGUAUACUUUUCAUUGACAGUGACGUCUUAUACAAAGGCAAGACGGUUUCCACAGCGAAAAAGCUCGAGGGUAUCGUUCUGAGGCUGAGCGUUCGACCCGAGGUCUUCGUCGUGCCUGUCACGCCAACGCGAUCCAAGAUUCCGACCAUAUACGACUUUCUGCAGAGGUCGAGCCAGUCCGAUGAGCUCACGUUUACCCGUGUACCUUUCAACUCCCCUCUGAUGAUCUGUUAUUCGUCUGGAACGACAGGAGCGCCGAAAUGCAUUGUCCAUCAACAUGGCCUGAUCAUCCAAGUCAAGAAAAUAUCAGCCAUCCACAAUUCUUUAGGUCAAGGUGAUGUGAUCAUGCAAUACUCCAGUACUUCCUGGGUUGUGUUUUAUGUCAUGUGCGGCCAUUUGACAGCGGGUGCCACCCUCGUGGUAUACAAUGGCAGUCCCUUGUUUCCCGAUGCAAAGCAGCUGCUCCGGAUCUGUGAGAGAUACAAGGUAGCGUUUCUGGGCGCAUCUCCCCGACUGCUUCUGGAGAUUGAGAUGUCCAAAACAAUAGCCAAGGAAGAAUUCGACCUUUCGGCGUUGAGGCUGGUCUACACCACAGGUGCACCCUUAUCAGUCGAGCAGUAUAGAUGGUUCUAUCGAACAUUCCCAUCUACGGUGCACAUCUGCAACACAGCAGGGGGCACAGACACGGCGACAUCGCUCCUCGCCCUAGAUCCUUGUGCGCCAGUCUAUGCAGGCGAGAUGCAGGUCCCAGGUCUCGGUAUGGACAUCGACAUUCUCGAUCCUGUCACUGGAGAGUCAAUCGCACACACAGGGCGGGCGGGCGAGAUGGUCGUUUGUAAGCCGUUCCCCAGCAUGCCGUGCUUCUUCUGGGGCGACAGAGAUGGCAAACUUUACCAAGCCGCGUACUUCGAGCGCUUUGACCAUCUCGAUGUCUGGGCACAACAUGACUGGCUGAGUUGGAACCCAAAGACGGGAGGAUAUACCAUGCAUGGGAGAAGCGACGGCGUCCUAAAUCCCUCAGGCAUUCGCUUUGGCAGCGGCGAGAUCUAUGCGAUUGUCGAGGCGCAGCCAUUCACCGAGUCCAUCAGCAACAGCCUCUGUGUCGGCCGUCGCAGGCCACGGGACGCAGAUGAGCAGGUGUUUCUCUUCCUAGUCAUGAAGCCUGGUCACACCCUGACCGAAGAGCUCCGGACGCGAAUCAAAUCAGCCAUCCGAGACGGGCUCUCACCUCGCCACGUACCCAAGUUUGUGCUGGCCGUUCCCGAUAUUCCCGUGACCAUCAAUGGCAAGAAGGUCGAGAUCGCUGUCAAGCAUGCCAUUAGUGGGAAAGACGUGGCCCCGAGCGCCACGGUGCAGAAUCCGGACACGAUCGCUUGGUUCCAACGGUUCCGGGACCUGGAGAGUGAACCUAGAGAGGCGAGGCUCUAA